AUGAAUAUGCUCGACAAAAUCGAAAGCAACAUCAGCGACAACGUCGUUGACAAAAAACUCGACCCCCUCGACGACAUCGACCCAAACAAGAAGUUGGACCGUGAGACCGGACACCGUGUGGCCAACGCUCUGAAUGCCAUGAAGGAGUCACUGUCCAUGGAUAGUUCCCAUAAGACUGGAAGUGCAUUGAAUUCCAGUGAAACAAACACCCAACAAAACCGCGAAAUGAGUUUCAUGGACCGUAUCGAGGAUAAAAUGAGCAACGCCUACGUCGACGCGAAACUCGACCCUACUGACAAACCCCAAGCCCCGGAACACCAUGCAGAGGAACACGCAUCUGGAGAACAUUACCAUGGAGGAAGCCGACUCUCCGAUGCAUUCAUCUCUCUGAGCAAUGCGAUUCAUGGUGACACCCAUCAUAAGACUGGAGAAGCGUUCAAUGAGGAUGACGAUGAUGAUAAGAUGAGAAAAAUGUCGUCGGAUGGAAAGGAAUGGUGA